AUGCUCAGCGCAUGUCAGCAGCGCGAGAUCACGAGGAUUGAGCAGGGCUGGGCUCCUGUCGAGUCCAGGGAGUGGCAUGCUCAGCUGCUCAGCGGGUGGUGCGGGGGUGUCGGCUUUCAGCUCAUGUGCGUGUCGCCACUUGAGGAGGCUGCCUGGUUCGACACCGGCACGGACCAGUACGACUUGUUCGGCCGCCCCAGGGCGCCGACCCCCGAUUCCCCCAAGUUCUACGUCGAGUGGAGCAAGGUCAGCAGGACUGCCGAGUGGAGUUGCGGCCCCCCGGGCUGCGUCGCCGACGCGUCCCUGAAGGUAUUCGAGAAUGCCUCCGAGAUGGAGUACAAAAUGUGCCUGUUGUCGGUCUCCGUGCAUGCCACGGACUUCGACGACACGUACGGCCGGGAGAAGAUUGAGUGGAUCCUGAUCAACGACAAGGAGGCGCAAAAGUGCAGCUGCGAGACAGACGACAACCCGGCAGCAUUGCAUGGAACGACUGUCACCGAGCAGCAGUUGUCCAAUGUCUCCUUGUUGGCUACACAUGCCGAGCCUGUCCGCAGCUCAGACGGCGAUGGAACUAGUGCCGAGUUGCGGCGUGGGCAUCGCCAAGAUUGCAGGAUUCGAAAAAGAGCCAUGCAUCCAAACAAGCUGGCACGAAAGAGACGGCCCCUGAUGCCAAGUCUGUAUGCAGCUCAGAUGGCGGUGGAGUUAGUUCCAAAUUGCGGGUGUGACAGCGCCGAGCUUGCAG